AUGGUGUUAUCGUUAACAUCGCUACUAAACGAACCGCCAGCAAAACGUACAUUUAUGUGUGAGACUUUUAUGCGCGGUCAAUUGGCAGAUGGAGAAGUUUUUCCAGAAUCAACUCAAUUACAUUCAACUCCGAUUACAAAAGUAGAAGAACCAAGAACAAAUAAUAAUUUUAAGUAUUCUCCAUUUUAUCACAUUAUUGUAACCAUGCAUGUUUUUUAUUUAUCUAUUUUAGAUUGCAAAGAAAAUACAAUUGAAAAUGAAUAUACGUUUAUACAAAACUUAUGUUUAGCAUUAGACGAUUUUAUAUCGAAAAAUGAUCCUACAUCAUUAUUUCGAUGUACACGUUUAUUGAUUCAUCGUGAUGACGAUGAUCUGUUAGAACAAGCAAUUUUAAACGGUAAUUUAAUGUUGAUAAAACAAUUGAUUAAAGUAUUAUUAAUUGACACAUUGAAACAACAAAAUGGAAAAGGUGAAACAAUAUUAUUAAUAUGUGCAAAAUUAAAUAAUAAAGAUUUAAUUGCACAGUUACUUGAACGACAUUUAAAUCUCGUAUACGAUUUGGAUUAUCGAAAAAAUAAUGUAUUCCAUUUAUUAGCAUCAACAAAGCUUAACAAUGAUAAAUCAUAUGAGACAAUUGAAUUUAUUCUAAAUUAUUUAAAUGAAAAAUCAAUUAAUAUAUGUGAAAUAUUUAAUAAAGAAAAUAUUGAUCAGUUUACACCUUUACAAUUAGCUGUUCAAAAUAAUAAUCUUCAAUGUGUUAAAUUAUUCAUUUCAAAUGGAAAUUUUGAUGUAAAUGUAUAUGAUAAAUUGACGGGUGAUAAUCUAAUUCAUAUGGCGAUAAGAAAUGAUGAUAAUUUAUCAAUGAUAAAAUAUUUAAUCGAUGAUAUUCAUUUAAAUGGUGAAAAAGUUAAUUAUAUUAUGACACCGUGUGAAUUAGCAAAGUCAUUAAAUAGAAUGACAAUUUAUGAUUAUUUAAAAGAAAAAUAUUCAGAUAUCGAUCUACUAUCAGAAGAUAGUGAUGACAGUUCCGAUGAAGAUGAAACUUAUUAA